CGGGUAUCCAAAAGAUAUUUCAUUCACUUGCAGGACUUGGUACGGUAUAUUUCAUGAAUGAUCAAAUCCGAGAGAUGCAAACUCAGCAACGAAUGGGGGAGGCUCCUUCCGGUCAAUCGCGUCAGACCGGUCAGCGGCAGCCCCCUUCUGGUCGGUCGACGCCGCGGAGCACGCUGAGAAAGAGUGGCGAUGAGGGAAGUCCGCUCCCCGAAAGCGCUUGUGUUAACAUAGGCCCUAAAGUAGAAAAAGAUGACUUGCAGGGGAUAUCAGAAAUACGGAAUCUUCCAAAAGAAACUAAGAAAAAGGAAAACAAGUCCUCCGUCUUCGAUGUCAUAUUUUUUAAAAAUGUGCAGAGUUGUGCUCUUUAUUGUUUUGACGCUAUUGCUGCUUUCGUGCGGCAUACUGCACAAGCUUUACUUCUUGACCCUUCUGAAUAAUCUCUCUGAGAAACUGCAUGCUCCAGUCCAUAGCGAUUUGUCGAAAGUUGAAAACAAGAAAAGUCAAGCAAUUUCAAUUCUCGUGUGCAUUGCAUUUGUUGAAUUCUGCACAUCUCUUGUUACUCUUUGGAGAGUUGUUUUCCAAGAUCAGAAGACUAAUUGGACACGACAACACUUAGUGACAGCUAUCCAGCAGGCCGUGAGCACUAUUGGAGAGGUAUAUUUGAUCAUCUAUGCCCUUCCAUUACUGGGCAGUUUGAGGGCAUGUUUAGUUGUAACAGUUCUACCACUUAUGUCAAGCAUAUGCAAGUUCGUGAGCACAAUUGGUCGGCUCAGGGUCAAGCGAUGUAUUAGAAAAGGUUCUUUACUCAAACUUUGUGUAGCGGGUUUCCCGGUUUUGGCACUGGCAGGGAGUGUUUUCUUAUUCAUGAAUGGGCUAAUACCAUUUGACAGAGACUUGCACCUAAAAUGGGCGUUACCAACUCUUUAAAUGUGUAAGUCAGUAUGCUAUUUGGAUAAUUUUCUUUGCUGAAGAAGAACUGCAAAUGUUCCAAAACAAACAACAGGUGAACCAGAUUCCCAUUCGGAGACAAGUGAAUCUAAAAUAGAAGAAAAACAGUACAAGACAGAACAUAAACAAGAAUUUAUUCAAUUAACUGUUCGUUGGUUAAUAUGUUUAUUGUUUAUCAUUUCGAUAGUGUUGAAUUUAAAUAUAAAACUAAUAGGAAUAGUCGACAAACAGAAAAAUUCUGAAUCAUCUCUGACAAACGAGAACAUCGAAUCUUUAGCGUACAAUUCAACAACAAAUUCCACACUCGUACCACAACAGGAGAAUGGAAAUGUGACAUUAGA